CGGCGGCGCGGCGCGGCGCGGCGCUUUACGGCGGAGCGGCGGGCGAUGCCGGCGGGACGGGGAAGGCCUGGAGAACAUCUGGAGGACACCUGGAGAACACCUGGAAAACGGCUGGGAACAGCUGGGAAACCUCCGCGAAACACCUGGGAACAGCCGGGAAGGGCUCCACCCCCUCUGUCCUUCGCUCUCGGCCACCGCCGGACACUGCACGAAUUUCCCAUUGCCAAACCUUCACCACAUGGAGGAGGAGGCUGCAAGGAUGAGGAAGAUGCCCCGGGACCCCCAGGCAGACAAGGAGCUGAGGAUGGAGACCAGGGAGGACAAAUUCCCACAGCAGAACCUCGUGGCAGAGACCGUUUUGAACAGCUCCAUGGUGCCAGAAUCCAACAGGGAGGAAAAUCCCCAGAGAUCCCACAGGAGGAGGGGCUCCAAGCCCAGCCCAGGGUGCUCUGAGGAGGAAAGACCCACCCUGUGCCAGGAAGGUGGACAGAGCUCCAGCCAGAGCUCAGAGCUGGUGGUCCAUGAGCAGGUUCAUGAUGGGGAGAAGCCCCACAAGUGCUUGGAGUGUGGGAAGAGCUUCAGGCGGAGCAACAACCUGAUCUGCCAUCAGAUGAUCCACACCGGGGAAUGGCCCUACGAGUGUGGGGAGUGUGGGAAGGGCUUCAGCUGCAGAUCCAACCUCAUCACCCACCAACGCAUCCACACUGGGGAGAGGCCCUACGAGUGUGGGGAAUGUGGGAAGAGCUUCAGCCGAAGGUCCUACUUGAUCAGCCACCAGAUCAUCCACACUGGGGAAACGCCAUACAAAUGUGGGGAAUGUGGGAAGGGCUUCAGCCAGAGGUCUAAACUGAUCAUCCACCAAAUGGUCCACACUGGGGAGAAGCCCUACGAGUGUCCUGAGUGUCAGAAGAGGUUUCACACCAGCUCCAGUCUCCUUGUGCAUCAGCGGAUUCACACAGAUGAGAGGCCCUUCCUCUGCCCUGACUGCAGGAAGGGUUUCAAGCACAGCUCCACCCUCGUCAAGCACCAGCGCAUCCACACUGGGGAGAGGCCCUACGAGUGUGGGGAAUGUGGGAUGAGCUUCAGCCAGAGCUCAAGCCUGAUCUGCCACCAGAGGACCCACACUGGGGAGAGACCCUACGAGUGUCCCCAGUGUCUGAAGAGGUUUCACACCAGCUCCCAUCUCCUCCUGCACCAGCGGAUUCACACUGAGGAGAGGCCCUUCCGCUGCCCCGACUGCGGGAAGGGCUUCAAGCACAACUCCCACCUCAUCAGGCACCGGCGCGUCCACACCGGGGAGAGGCCCUACGAGUGUCCCCAGUGUGGGAAGAGCUUCUCCAGCAGCUCUGCCUUGACCCGACACCAGCAGACUCACCGGUAAGGGAAGCCCUGCAAGUGCCCCGACGGCAGGAAGAGCUUUGUGCACUGCUCCAACUCCAUCCCCCAUGGGAGGACCCACGUUGGUCAGAGCCCCAGUGACCCACAUUCCCUGUGAUACACAGAGGGAAGACACCUGGCUGGUUAUCAUUUUGGUAUGGCCCUAAUAUUCAUCUGAUCUAUCUUCUUCCCUUAAAAACACCUGAAAUAGGACAAAAAAAGAAAGAAAUUUGUCAGAGAUGUCUAAAGUCUCACCAUUUCACAGCUAAUUGAGGGGGAAUUUAUAGUUUGGGGACAUAUUAUGGAAGAUUUGUUGGUCCUUGGGGGAUUUUGGGCACUGUUCUUCAUCUCUCUGCAUUCCAAACAGCAAACAAUAGUCCCAUUGAAAACAACGCAAUUUUACCCCAAAAUAGUCUCAAUCCCAUCUAUAAAUGGCUUGUUCUAACCUCAAAAAACCUCAGUCCCAUGCCAAAAUUACUCAAUUCCUUAGCCUCUAGGGUGAGAUGGGGUUGGAAGAAGAUUGGGAGAAGUGGGAUCCAAAUUUGGAGCAGUGGGAUUGGGGUUGUGUGGGACUGGGUGGGCAGGAUGUAUUUCAGCAGUAAAUAAAAUUUUCAGAAUUAUUGAUUCCUGUCCCAUUCAUUUUCCAUCAGUUCUGGUUUGUUUUCCCGAGUGCCGCCUUCUCAGCAGUUUGUGUUUGUGUCCUCUUUUCUCUCCUGCCUUUCUUUGCCUGCUCUGUUUCUCUCUCAGUGUCUCCCUUGACCCAGGGCAGCUCCCACCAAAGGCCCUGCCCUGAUUUCAUUCCCAAUCCAGGAGCUACAACCACCAUGGGUGAAGUUUUGAAGGCUGGCAGUGAAAUGUCACUGUAGGACCUUGCUCCACUUGGCUUUUGGCUCUUCCAUAAGAGUUUUGCCUUCAAGGGCAGGAAGAUCUUUUCCUGGCUGGGAACUGGAAUUCCAGCCCCUGGGAGCGUGUGCCAUGGAUCCCAGAGGGGCAUUCCCGAGGCUCCCAGGGUGCUGCUCCUGCCGUGCCUCCCAAGGAGCUGUGCAGGGCCCGGGGACAAGGUGCAGCAGCUGUGUUGGUUCUGCAGUGCCACAAGGGCCCCUGGUUCCAUGAGUUUCCACACUGCCAGCAGCGGUUCCUGGGUUCCCGUGGUGCCCUGCUGUGUCACCAUGGAUAUUUGGUGGCAUGAAGUUCCUCAGUGUCACAAUGGCCUACCUGGCUCCAUGAGCUUCCGCAGUGUCCAAAUGGCCUCCUUGGAUGGGCAGUGUCACCAUGGGCCAUUGGCUCCAUGCAGCCCCGCUGGGUCACCAUGGACUCCUUGGUUCCAUGAGGUUCUGGGGGUGUCUCCAUGGUCUCCUUGGAUCCACAGUGUCACAAUGGACCACUGGAUCCACGUGGCCCUGCUGUGUCACCAUGGCCCCUUGCUUCCAUGGGACCCCAGGGUCACAACUGACUCCUUGCUUCCACGUCACCCCCUCACUGCCAAAAUGGCCCCUUCGUUCCAUGGGGAACACAAAAGAUUUAUAGAAACAUGGAGCAAAUCCUGCUUAACACAGCUGGGAACAUCUGUUUGCAUUCAAAAGAGAGCUUAAAGGUGAGGAUGGCCCCAGCAGCUUCCAUCUGCAACAGAGAUCCAGGGAAAGGACAGGGACAGAGAAUUCAUCUGGGAGACUCAGAGAAUUCUGCUUCCAGAGAUCAUUUCUGGUCACACUGUCCCUUGUAGAAAGGUGACACCAUUCCAGGCAGCCUGUACUGAGCAGGUGCUUCCUGAGUGGGGUUUGUUGUUCAGGAAACCUGCUCAGGCUUUUCCAUUCUUUCCUUCCCAAGAGGAAAACUUCUCCUGGGCCUGUGUGCAGGCAGAGCCCUGAGGAGAGCAGGUGGGACAUGGUGCAGUGGGCUGGGACAUGGAGCUGCAGAGCUCAGGGACAAGGUUCUGCUGCAGGGCACAGGGAUGUCAGUGCCAGGUGGGCCAUGUCAGACAUGGUGAGGCUGGGGCUGAGGAGCAGCUUGUCCAAACAGGGUCAGCCCUCAAGGGGCUCAUUCUUCUACAUGCCCAGACCUCCUAAGGAGACAUUCAGGAUCAAGAUCACCUGGGGAAUGCUUCUAUCAGCUCUUCUAUGAACUGGAAAAUAAAAAAAUACUCACUUGAUUAAAGAAAAGAAGUCAUGAGGUGCACUUUGAAAUCUUCCUCCUUAACAGAACUCCAAACUGACUCCAAUCAGCUGCACAAGCCCUGGAGACUUGAAGAUUUGGAUUCAGGGCUGAGUCCAGGACCCUCAGGCACAGAGAGAAGGUUGAAGAAGCUGCUCAAGGAGGCAGAAGCAAAACUCCAAGUCCCCUGGAGCAUCACUGGGCCCCACUGAGGGCAGGGACUGCCAAAGGCUCCCCAGGGACUGGUGAGAGCAGAUCCUUGAGGCCAGGACUGCAGGGAGCCAAAGGCUCAGAGCAGGGAACUGCAAUGCUGAGCAAGGCCUGGGCUGGCUGGGGGAAGCAGAAAGGCCAAGCCCUGAGCCCAGCCUGGCACAGCAGGGCCUGUCCCUCACGGGUGGCUCGGGGCUGUUUGUGGGGCAGUGGGAUGUGAGGGGCAGCAAGGACAAAUGUCACAAACCUGUGUGACACUCCAGAUCCUCAUGGAACCAAGGGGCCACUGUGACACUGCAGGGCCUCAUGGAAACAAGAGGCCAUUGUGAGCCUGCAGGGCUGUAACACCCCAGAACACUGAAAUGCUGGGGGGUCACCAAAGGCUCCUUUACUUGAGUUUGGUGCACAGGAGAAACACCGAGCAGAUAUUCUCACCAUGGCCAGAUGAAAGAAUAUUCUUGGUAGGAAGGGAGUCACAAGCAUCAUGAAGUCCAGCUCUUAAGUGAAUGGCCCAUACAGGGAUUGAAGCCACAGCCUCAGUGAUACCAGCACCAUGCUCCAACCAACGGAGCUAAGAGGUCAAAAUGACACAAAAUUUUACUGGCAAAAUAUGGACAAUCUAGGAACUUGAGCAAAGGGUUUCAUACAACAUCCACUUCAACAUAAACCUCUUAUCCUAGCA